GCCAAAUUAUCAUCUCGUAUGUCAUUCUAUCUCAGCUAGGAUUAUGUUGUAUUCCAAAUCAUUCAUGACGAUAUCCCAAGACUUUUCUAGCAUGAAGGGCAUGACAAGACCUAACGGUUUCCCUAGUGAGGGGGGUUAGCUGUCAAAGUUUGGUGAUCAUUUACCUGCAAGCUGCUUAGUCGCACCAGGUGGUGAAAAUCAUGGUGGUACUACUUGUAUUCAAUCUCUCGGCCCGCAGAUCGCAAUUAGUACAACACAUUUGAUAUGCGGUGCCUAUAUUACCACCAACGGCCUCUAACGGUUUCCGACUUCUUUUCCUUUCCCCUUAACUACCAUUUAUUCACUGUCAUAAUUUUUAAUCAUAAUCAUGCUUAAACUCUCAGUUGCUGUCGUAGCAGCUAGCUUGGGCUUCAUUGAAGCCAAGUCUUGCACAGAUAUCUCCAUUCCAAUUUCCAUUAAUGCUCGAAAUGGAAACUUCAAUAUCCCACCUCUUUCUGAUUCCAUUGCCGUAACAAAAUUUGCACAAGAUUUUCUGAGAAGUGGGCAAAAUUACAGUGCAUCUAUGUUAUCAGGAUUCACUACGGUAACUGGCCAACACAACAUUGCUGCGACUGUUUGCGUACCAAGCCAGUCGAGCAACAACUCUGAUUCAUGGCAAUUCCUUACUCAUGGACUUGGCUUUGAUAGAUCGUACUGGGACUUGCCAUUCAACAACUACAACUACUCAUACGUGGAUGUUGCUGUUGAUCAGUAUGGCUAUAGCACUUUAGCCAUUGAUCGCCUUGGAAUAGGUGAAUCCUCAAAAGCUGACCCAACAUCAAUUAUCCAAGCACCUGCCGAGCUUUCAGCAAUUGUAGAAGUGACGAAAUUGCUACGUGCAGGCACUUUGCCAGGCGUCGAGAUCUCGGAACCAAACAAGAUUGUCCAUGUCGGUCAUUCUUUUGGUUCAAUUCUAUCAUAUGAACUCGCUUCGGCAUACCCAAAUAUCACAGACGGACUCAUUCUCCAAGGAUUCUCCCUUGACGGUUCCGCUGUACCUCAGACAUUUGCAGGAUUCAACAUCCAAUCCGCAUCCGUAAAUCAACCUUACAAAUUCGGCCCUCCUUCCAUCGCCUCUCUUUUCGGUUCUGCAAUCUCUCAACUGGAAAGUACCUUUAGCAAAAUCGGAUGUUUCUAUACCGCCGGCGCAAACAAGGAUACAGGUAACAUCUACGGCCAAGAUCUCGCCGAUGGCUAUCUCACCUGGGCCAAUCUUGGCGCUAACCAAUUCAACUUCCUCGCGCCCCCAUACUACGAUCCUAAGAUCGGAGAAUAUACCGAACAACACAAAGAACCCUUUACUACUGGCGAACUUCUCACCCUGGCUGCGCAACCGGCUUCCGCGCCGGAGUUUGAGGGUCCGGUUCUUGUGGUGACGGGAAAUGAAGAUGCGAUUUUCUGUGGUGGUAAUUGUAUGGCUGGAGGAGGAAAUGUGCUGGAGAAUGUGGGAGAGGCGUUUCCGAAGAGCAGCGAGUUUAGAGCGCACGUGCAGAUGGGUUGUGGGCAUGCGGUUAAUGUGCAUUUUAGUGCGGGGGUGGUGUAUCGGGUUAUGAAUGAGUUUUUGGGGGAGCAGGGGUUUUAGAUUUGGGGGAGAGGGAAAGGGAGGAUGGGGGGUGAGGAAGUUUGGGGGAAUUGUGGGUAUGAGAGGAGGUGAGGUGAGGCGAUUACGGGACUAGUUAUUUAUUUGUGUAUGUAUGGUCUUGGGGUUAAUUUGUAGUCUGUAAUGAAUUAUGUCAAAGUGGAAGUGGAAGGUAUUAUGCUUGGGCUUGUGUGUUGGGUGUGUGUGUGUGUGUGUGUAAUAUUCGAUUGUGUGAGGGGUUGAUCGGUGGUUAUUGAUGAUCAUGAUCUCUUUUUUUUCUCGGAUGAAGGGGAAGGGAGAUGGGAAGGGAGUGCGUAUGAUUAUAUGGGGAUUGAUAAUUAUUGUGUAUAUAAUGAUUGGUGAUUGUUGAUUAAUAAUUGAUUAAUUGUGGUUCUUGAAGAAUUGGAUUUGUAAAGUUUGCUGUGGAGAUUGGAUCGGUAGUUGAUGGAUGGAUGGAUGGAUGGGUGUUUAGAUAUUAUUAUAACAUAUUUGGUAAGUUUAUAUGUUUAUGUAUGAUGAGUAUAUAAGUAAGUGUAUGGAGUAUAUAGGGUCUAUUGAUCUAGAGAAGAAAACAGGGGAUCUAAAUGGGAGAUUGAGAUGGAGAUGGAGGUGGGAAUAGAGAGGAAUGGAUAAUAUGGACUCGAAUUGAGAUUGAGAUUGAGAUUUCGUUUUGGUUUUUGCGAUCA